GCCUAAAUGGAUAGCGUGCUUUGAAAAGGUCCAAGCGCAUUCGUUCUUUAAUUAUGCCAUUGAAAUUAAAUUAAUCAAUCGUCCAAGCCGCCAACUCAUCUAUAUUAUCCUUUUUUUUAAAGUAUAAUCAACACACACAGACACACACACAGCACCUGCAUUUGGUUUUUAAUUUCACACUUUAAAUCGGAAAAAAAAAAACGACAUUUCAGCAGCCAUGGUUUUACUGUGAAGCCGCUGAUUUCUUCAUUUCAAUUAUAUAUAUAAUACUUCUUCUCUUCUAUUCAUUUUCUCCUCAAAACCCAAAUUUUCAACCCAACUCAAUCAAAUCUUUACACUGUUCUACAAGUCUCAUUAAAAAAUUCAUGUUUGGUUUGAUUACCUGAAGUUUCCAAUUCUUAGGCCAUCAGAUCCAUCCACACUCUGUUUUUCGCAGAGUAUAUAGUUAACCCAUUUCUGAUACUAAUUCCUAACUUCUAAUCUAAGCUAUAUAUCUCAAUCAUCACAAAAACAGAGGAAACCCAGAACAAAAAGAAAUUCGUAAGGAUGAAGACAAAAGGCGGCCAUCAAAACAAAUUCUUGAGAAUCAUCACGAUUCCUUUCAGGGCUUUAGGAAAAGCCAGGGAUUUGUACGUCAAGAGUAUGACGAGCUACGCGACUAAAGUCGGGUACGGCACAAAUUACAUGGGCACCAAUUCCCCAAGCUACGCCACCGUCUUGCCAAAGAGUUUUAGUGCUAAUUUAUCCCGGGCCGACGAUAAUGAAGAUCUCAGGGAGCUAAUCCGGGCGGCCUCUGCUCGGACGGUGGCAGAGAAGAUGGAUAUUAAUCAAUUGAUGCUUCAGCACCAGAUGAUGAUGGGUCAACAUCAGAACAAUCAGAAUCAGCGGCCGCCGCCGCCGCAAUCGAGAUUGGGCGGCGUCGGCGUUGUCGGGCCAAAAGGGAUGCCGCCGAGGAGUAUCAGUGUCGGGAUGGCGAGGAUUGAUGAGGAGAAGCCGUAUUCCGUCACCGCCGCCGGCGGCGUCGACGGCAAGAAGUUUGGUAAGAGUUCGUCGAAGAAGGGAAUUGGGAUGCUGUACCCGAGGAGCAAAAGCUAUGCCGUUAACAAGAAGAAUCUCUUCUCCGAUUGAUAAUUUUGAUGGUGAUGAUGAUUACGGUAGUGGUUUCAGAUUCUGUUUUUCUGGGUUUUGUCUUUUUGGCGUUUUCCUGGCGCGCUUUUUCUUUUGGCUUUUUUUUUUUUUUUUCCCCCAGGAGUUCGUGUUAAAUUUCUAGUUUUAAUCAGUUCAACUUGUAAAUAUUGGGAUCUCAAUUAGUUGUAAUAUUUGCUUAAAUUUUCUGUUCAUCUUUUCAAUUCGCAAUUUUUCUUCCAUAAUUAGUUAAUUUUGGUAGUUUCAAUGUCAAUUUUGCCCUGAAGUUUAAUAAUUUGAUUUCUACUCGUUUCUUUUUUUACAAAAGAAUUCAUUUUGUUGAACUAAUUAAAGAGGGUAAGAAUAAGUUUGUUAAUUUUUAAUCUUGAUAUGGUUAGGUACAGCCGUACAAGUAGGUGACG